AUGGAUGAAUACUCGUCUUCUAGGUGUACCGACACCUUUUGCUCCGAAGCCAUUCCUGCACAGCAGCGGCAGGAGCAGCAACAGCCUUCAUGCCAGCGUCGGUUCCAACAGCCGCAGCGACAGCAUCACCACCAGCAGCAGAAUUGCUCCUCAGUUGGUGGAUUAGAAUGCAAUGAUGGAGAAGCAGCUGCAGCAACAAGAACGGCAUCGGCAGAAGCAGCAUUUGGGGGGGCGUGCAAGGAUGGAUCUGCAGGCUUACAUACACUCCAUAUUCCGCGAGAGUGCAGCAGCAGCAGUAGCACUCCAGAGACGGUCGAGCUUCAAGUUCUUCAGAGCACCUGCAGUAACAGCAGCAGCAGCAAAAGCUGCAGUUUGAAUAACACGCGUAACAACAGCAGCAGCAGCAGCAAGAGGGACUCAUCCUUGGAGAGCACCGGUAGCAGCAGCCGCAUCCCAUACAGAAGCAGCAAAGACAGCACUUUCUGCAGCAGCAAACCAACAGAUAUUUGCCACCCCUCUUCGGAGAAAAACAAUGGAGACUGCGCGGACAGACAGCAGUCGGCGCCGCUGCUGCCUCAGUCGCACCUGCCGUCGGCGCAACAGCAGCAGCAGCAGCAGCAGCAGCAGCAGGAAGAUGAGCCGGUUCCACUUCAGCAAUUCCAGCAGCAGCAGCAGCUUUACGAUCAGCACCAAGAGCAGCGAUUGCGGCAGCAACAGCAGCAGCGUCCGCGGUGGAUGCUGCGGCCACCUCCGCAGCACUUGUUGCACCGUCUUGAGAGGGAGGCCUUCCGCUGCUGCUGCCGCAGCUGCUGCGUCUCUUCACCGAAGCUGCUGCAGGUGCAUGCAUUUAGCUUCCCUCACCCUGCGUGUAGACGCUUGCUGCAGCAGACGGGGUCUGGUGUAACAGCAGCAUUAACAGCAGCAGCAGCAGCAGCAGCAGCAGCAGCAAGCCGUGGUGAAGCUACCAACGCUUGGGAAGGACCUACGGUUGGUGCUCAAGAGGGAACGAAGACACAGGGAUGCCGUGCUGCCGAAGAGGCAGCAGCAGCUGCAGCAGCAGCAGGUGGUGCCGCAGCUGCUGCUGCUGCGCCGUCGGCCGUCGGACAAACCGCCACUGGUUUGCUGCUGGCAAACAGCAACAACGACAGCAGCAGGGAUAGCACCAGCAGGAGCAGUAGUGUUGAUUUAAGGAGAAUGAGCUGCAGCUGCUGCAUGGCUAUCCAGCCCCCUGCUGCUGCUGUAUCUGCUGCUACUGCUGCUGCUGGCGGGUCCUUUAAUAGAACAUCCGAAGCAGCUAGCCAUGCAGACGCUGCUGCUGCCUAUGGCUGUGAUGCUGUAGAUGCUGCAGCAGCAGCUGAUGUUGCUGCAGCAAGUUCUGCUGCUAGUGCAGGAGGAGGGCUAGUAGCUGCUUCGCAUGCCGAUGUGCAGCAGCGCGGGGUAGGGGGGAUGCGGGAGAGCAGCAGCAGCAGCAGCUGGGGCAGCUGCGACAGCAUGUGCUGCAAGGGCAGCACAAGUAACGGGAACAGACGUUGCAGGUGUUGUGUGUGCAUUGGGUCGACACUGAGGGCUUUUUGCAGCCGAGAUAGCAGCAGCAGCAGCAGCAGCAGCAGAGGCAGCAGAGGCAGCAGCAACAGCCUCGAGCAAGGCAGCAGCAACAGCCUUGAUUUCCCCCACAAGAACGCGGGUGGCAUGUGUGAUGAGUACAACGCCGGUGCAGCAACUGCAGGAGCAGCUGCAGCAGAUGCUGCAACAGCAACUGCAGCAGGGAGUAGCACUGGUCCUUGUUGCAGUGCGACGUCUGGAGGGACAUCCGUAGCUUCCGCAGCAUCGGCACGAGCAGCAGCAGCAGCACCUUGUGACGAAGCCGUGUCAGGAGAACAGCAGGAUGGUGGUGUAGUGUGUGUAUAUAAGAGGGAACGGGUUAGGAUUGGCAGCAGCAGCAGCAUCAGCAUUCCCUGCAGCAGCACGAUAGAGCGCAGCAGCAGGCGCACGAUAGAGCGCAGCAACAGCACGAUAGACCGCAGCAGCAGCACUACAGACUGCAGCAGCAGUACUCUAGACCGCAGCAGCAGCACAACGGACCUUAUUAGCACAACGACAGAGCGGAGGAGCAGCAGUAUAGACAGCAACACCGCUGUGGAGGGCAACCACAAGCAACGGUAUGAAUUAGUCUAUGACGAAACAGAGACAGAGACUUGCCCUGCUCUCAUUGCGGAGCAGCAACAGCAACAGCAGCAACAGCAGCAACAGCAGCAACAAGCGCACUGCACCGAUGAUGUGCCGGAUGGUGUCUGCUGUAGUGUUGCAGCAGAGAAGGGAAACACCUGCGGUGGCUGCUGUCGUGUUGCAGCAGAGAAGGGAAACACCUGCAGUAGCAACCGCGGCAAAUGCCAGCGAAAGACGGCAGCAGCAGCAACAACAGCAACAAAAACGGCAAGUACUUCUUGCAAAAGCAGCAGCAUGAAUGGGGAGACGUGCCUCUGCAAGCUCGUUGGUUGCGCCGCUACAAGCGAAGAGGCUGCAGCGGCAGCAGCGGCAGCAGCAGCAAAGAGGGUGGAGCGAAUGAGCGGCAAGUGGCUGCUAAGAGCCACCCAGGGGCACACCAUUCCCUACAUACGGAGCGAGUUAUUUAUGUUGCGGGUGGAGUCUGCAGCAGAACUGCCGGUUUGCGUCCAUGGGACUUAUCUAUGGAAUUGGAUGUCCAUUAGACAUCUUGGCUUACACCGCAUGCACAGAAACCAUAUUCAUUUUGCAACGGGUUUACCAGGCGAAGCAGCAGUAUUAAGCGGCAUGCGAAGGAAUUCAGAAGUUGCGGUGUACAUACACCUGGAGAAAGCAAUGAAGGAAGGAGCGAUCUUCUUUAAAUCAAGAAAUGGUGUUGUACUAACUGAAGGACUUAAUGGCAGAUUACCACCGUGCUUCUUCUCCAAGGUUGUGCUGCUGCGUGACGGAGUAGAAUUGAUGGUAGAUGGCGUUGAUUACACAGAAAAAUAUUUAAAUAGAAUACCCAAGGCUUUGCUGCUUCUGUCCGAGUCUGCUAUAUAUCGGCAGCAGCUGCAGCACGACUUUGGCUUGCUGCAGCUGUCGCCUUUUGCUGCUCCCACAUGCAGCCUUUUAGCUAGACAGAGCAGCACAGAACACCUGGAGGCUGCCCACGAUAACAAGCAGCAGCAUCAGCAGCAGCAGCAGCAGUUGUCUCAGAUGCUACCCACUCGCCUUGGCAGCGGGGAAGCCAUUACCCAAGCAGCGACAGCAACAGCAGCAGCCGCAGCAGCUACUGCUGCUGCCGCUGCUGCCGCCGCAUCUCAAGAUAAUGCAGCAACAACAAAACAUGUUAACACUGCCUGCUGA